CUUUUAAAUUUUUCUAACGUCUACACUUUCUAGAUUUCAUCCUUCACGAUGAUUUUGGACUUCGUCCGGGACCACCCGAUCCUCUGUUUGCUCGCUGCCGGCUGCACUGCCUCGCUGGGGUACUUCUGGAUGACCAGAGAGCGCCCGCCUGCACCUGCACCAACCCCACCACCAACACCAAGCCCCUCCGUCAGCUCCUCGUCCAGCGACAGCCAAAUCUUCUACUCUGCGAACGAGGAGCUGGACGACGUUUUGCCAGAGGUGCAGGUGCAGGGCCCCAGCGGGGACCAUUAAGACAAACAAGCUACAGAGACACAAUCACCCACGACCAUCUAGGGUAACAGUGCAGCCGGACAGUAAGGAGGAACAAACAGGCUAAACAGAAGAAAACAGAAGAAAAGAAAGGGCCAUGCCCAAAAGGCGCAGAACACGCGCAAAGAAGAAAAGAAAGGGGCCAUGCCCAAAAGGCGCAGAACACGCGCAAAGAAGAAAAGAAAGGGGCAACAACAAGAAACUUAAAGAAACUCAGGUCCAAACACAGACAGGACAUAGAAACAUAGAAGGAUGAGUAAAGAAGUUAAAAACAAAGAACGGGGCAG